UUUAUUGGCGCUACUUUGAGGGGGACUUUACAGCUUCUUGUCAAGGCGUGAUUCCCCCAACUAGAAGAAUGUUUCACUUUGGCUUUCUGUCAAUCUGUAGUUUGGUGCUUGUUUUGCCGUGUUCUUACGGCAUCGAAUAUUCAAAUUUCUCGUCCUUUAAUGGAGGAAAUUACACAGUCCGUUGGAAGUUCCAGAAUGAAACACAAAUGUUUUAUUUUAAAGUUGAGGUGAUCGCGACUGGCUGGAUCGGAUUUGGAAUAUCAAAGUUGUUGUGGCCCAAGGAAGAAAGCUUACAGUGGAAUAGACAGUCAAUGCAGGAUUACGAUGUCAUUGUUGGUGGAAUGUUUGAUAAUAAUACCCAUUACUAUAAGGAUUGUAUGACUAGAGGGUAUAUGGCCCCAGAGGUGGAUGAAAAGCAAGACUGGAAUGUUACAAAGAUAACUGAAAUUGACGGUGUGACAACUAUGGAAUUCAAUCGGAAGAAAGAUACUGAUGACAUUGAUGACAAUGUCAUUGGGCCUGGCAGUAGAUGGAUGGUGUGGGCUUACCAUUACACUAAUGAUACUACAAAUGGAAUGGAAAAACAUACACAUAAAGGAUUUGAAGAGGUUGCUUUUUUUAAGCAACCAAGGGAAAAACCUAUGGUGGAGGCUAUUGACAAUGACCCACACACAACUGGAGCCAGCACAAUAGCAGUCUCUAUCAUUGGCAACUUUUUGCUGUUUAUCAUUGCAGUCAUUUUCUUUUACUAGAUCAUGAGUUUUGAGGGCAUUCCAUGGAACUUCUGGCAAAUAUUUCACUUCGGUUUUCGGUUUUUUUUUAUCAUCGCACACUAUUUACAGUAAAAACAACUUAACGUAAGAUGGUUUACAAUGGUAUAGGAAACAUAAAUACAGAUAGAAACUAAUUAAUCUUCUCUAAAUACAUAUUACAAGCCUUUGAAAUAAUACAUAUAGAUGGGUUUUGCUGCAUUCCAAAAUUAUAUUAAUUGCGAGUGACAUUUUUGCCAGUAUUUUAAAAUAAGACCAAGAACAAAUAACUGUACUAGCCUAUAAACAAGAAAUAAAACAAAUUUGUUGCAUACGUUGAUUAUAAUAGGAAAUGUUGAUUCUGUGGAUAGCAUUUUCAGAAAACCCACAUGUAAUUGGACUGAUUGAAAAGGACUCUUUUACAGUCACAGUUUACAUGUAAAACUUAACGUCAAUAUGGCUCGAUUCAGAUACAGUAUAUUGGUUAGGCCUAGUUCACAUUGGCGACAUGAUGAGAUAAACUAGGUAAUGAGUUCACAGUAGUGAAGAAAUGACAUAAAUAACAUAAUGAGAUAGUGACAGAACGACAUAAUACUUACAUUGCAAUGUGAACAUCAUCAUAAAAGCAUAAGGAAAAGAUCAGUUUUUUCCGUAUGUCGUUAUGUUCACGCUGUUAUGUUGCUAUAUUUCAUUACGUCAGGAUGUUCACACUGCAAACACAACAACAUAACAUCCUUCUUGUGUUGUUAUGUAUGUUGCUAGUGUGAAUGAGGCCUUAUCUAUUACUUUGGUGUAUGUUUGUAUGAAUUUCCUGGGUUAGUCUUGAUUGUAUUUAUGUAUGUACAUGUACAUGUCUAGUGGACGUAAUUGCAUUUAGGCCUUGGGCUUAUUAGCUGCAAAUUAGGUUGCCAAUUUUAACUUACAUGUACUACACUGCAUAGACACCCUUUGCUCUAGUAGGAGCCUAAAGGCACUGUAGGAAUUAAGUCACACUGUGCAUGUACAUGUAUGUGCUUCCAGCAAUGGAAGAAAACAAAAACACAGGUACAUUUACAAGAAUAUGUUGUACAUUUUGUCCAGUACAAGUACCAAGCUACACUGUACACUCAGUUUCAAAGAGAACUGACACAGUCACUGGUUAAGAGCAUCAUUUUAGAAAUGUUAUACAUUGAUACCUAGUGUGUCCUUUCUCUUCCUUAUCAGUGUUGUCUGAAUUUUAGCACUGUACUUAAACUUAUUAUAUCAACUAAAUAGAAAAGGGAAGGGGGCUCGGAAAUGAUCUGCUUAUUUUUACAGUGAGGACAAGUUUGAGAAGUUUCUCAACUCUUUUGCAGCUGUUUGUACAGUAAGACUACAAUAUUAGUUACAAUUACAGUCGAACCUCCUGUAAGCGGCCACCCAAAAUGUCAAGCCUAGUUGGUCGCUAACGGGAGGUGGUCGCUUAUGAGAGCUUAGACCAUAUUGGGUCAAUAUUGUGCCUCAUUAGCAUCUAGUAGCUGUAGAGACUUACCCAUGCGUUAACGCUCAUCUAACCCAACUUAUAACUUUUUGUGGCCACAAAAAUAUUUAUGCUUUCCAAUGUGUUUAUUCAGAAUGUCACUCUGUUAAACUACUUAAUAAGGAGAACGGUAAGAGUCUCACGAUAGUUACAAAUUGGAUCUUUAAUGUUUUCUAAACGUUAGGGGCAACUGAACAUCAACUGAUAAGGAUUGGAAAUUGCUAGCUUUAAAUUUGACAGCCCUAUUAUAUUGCUGGUGAUUCUAAUUGUCUGUAAUUAUAAGACAUUUUUAUAAGGUCGUCUCUUUUAAGACUGAUAGAGUACAGUGUAUGUGCAGUUUUCUCUAAAGUUUUAAAUUUUUGAUUCAUGUAAAAAGUCA